AUGUCUGCUUACUGUCAAGCACUCAAGGUGAUUUUUGACCAACUGACUAAUCUUGGCUCCCCGAUUACCGACGAACAGCUUGUUUUGCAACUUCUUACCGGCUUGAAUGACCAAUAUGAGAACACAGCAUCAGUUAUACAACAGAUGAAACCCCUGCCCGAUUUUUACGACACGCGAUCCAGGCUGUGCAUGGCUGAAUCACGCAAGCUCAAUCAGGUCCGACAUGCGGCACGGACGGCUGGAACGGCUCUCAACGCCACCGUCGAAUCACGAGACAAGCCCGAGCACAGAGAACAACGCGCGGAUAUCUCCGAGCGGGGACGCGGUAGGAGCCGCGGACGUGGCCACGGUCGUGGUCAGAAUGGCGGCUGGAACGACGGUCGGGGUAGCGGCGGUCGUGGGAGCGGGUCCUCCUCCUUCGGUUAUGGUGGACAGAACUCAACGCCUGUUACUACUCCUUUUGGUGGAUUUUACUUGUGGACCUUCUUUGCUCCUUGGGCCGGCCCAAAUAAUAAUGGCACCCAGCCACAACAAUCACAACAAUGGAACAGUUAG